UCUGUUUUAUCAAAGCUCGACAGAACCCCAGCUCUAAGUAUCGCCUUACCUUUGAUUCUCCGAUCGUCUCUCAGAAUCUUUUGGGCUAAAUUACCUGUUCUUGCAUUACUAAAGACAAAAACACAUCAGUUAUCAUUAUGAGCAAACCAACUCUAAACCCCCAGACAAUACAGAACCGCAUCUCUCAUCUCCUCAAACACUGGCCUACUGACGCCGUCCGCCCGGCCUCCGUCUCCGUCCAAACCUACCUCCAAUCCCGCCUUCAACCCACACAACCGCAACAAGCGCAGCCCCAACAAGCACAGCCAUCCCCCAAAACAGAAAUCUCAGAGGCCUCGCUGAAUGCCCUCUCGUCAUUACUGGAAGACCGCUACGCGAGACGGUAUCCGUUACCGCCGAAGCUGCGGCGGCCGGCGACGAACCCGGACCACUACGACAAUGUCGUGAAGGAGUUUGAAGAGGCCCCGGGGCGGGAUUUCUGGGGAGAGUGGGGAAAAGGCUUCGGGGGUUGUUUAGAUUUACGUGAUAAAGUUGGGGUGGUGUAUGAUAGUGUAUGUAUAUAGCCGUUGUUACUGUACUAUUAAAAAGCUGAUCAGCCUUCGAUAAUUGAGCAGCAGAAUGUAAUGAUACGGAAGAUAG